ACAGCAGCUCCCUGAUGCCCUAAUUAACACCAAAAUCUUUAAUUAGCGCCUCGUUAAUCGCUCAUUAACUCACAACUCCUCCCAUUCCCGCUUCUCCCCUCAGAAUCUCCCGCGCCCGGGACGCACGGCGGCGAGACUACAACUCCCAUCACCCCCCGCGCGCGCCAAUGAGUAAAGCGCCGGUCCGUUCUCGCAAGGCACGCUGGGAGGUGUAGUCUAUCCGCGUCCCCGCGCGAGGACACGCGCUCGCUGAUUGGCUGCCAGGCCGCAGGGGUGGGUCCAACGCGGAGCCGCGCGCUGUCGGACCAAUGGAGAGCGAGCGGCGUUGAUUGACGCGGCGCUCAGCCAAUAAAACGGCAGCGCGGGCGGUUCGAAGGCGCGCGGCUGGCGGCGGGAAGCAACCAUGGCGGAGGCGGCGCUCAGGAGCUGCGGAGCGGCCGCGGGAACGCCCCAGAAACGGAGCCGGGAUCCCGACAGCUCCUGCUCGGAAUUCCGGACCCCGGUGUCCAAACGGCUCCGAGCUUUUCCUGGAUCCCCAUCCCAGAAUUCCCACUGGAAUUCCCAGGAGAAGCUCCUCGCUUCCCAGAUCCAGUGCUCUCCCAGCUCCCAGGAGGAAAACCAGGAGAACGAAAUUUUUCCCAGGAAAUCGGCGCCUUCCCGGAGAUUGGACAUCCCAGAGGGAAAUCUGGGAACUCCCGGGAAUCCCCAGCCUGGCUCUGCCUCUUCCCACAAUUCCCAGCUUCCCGUGGGGACUUUUUAUGGAAAAACGACAUACCUGGAUCCUCUGGAGAGGAAACGGCUCCGGGAGCUGCUGGGGCAUGGGAAUAUCCUGGAAAAACCUGGGAAUUCCGGGAAUCACGGCAGGAAUUCCAGCAGGAAUUCUGGGAACACCAGGAGGAAUCGCAGCUCCAAAGGCAAAGCCAACCCCAAGCCCCGGCAGGAGAUUCCCAAGGGGAAAAGCAGCGGGAAUGUCGGGAAUUCCCGGAAUUCCGAUGUCGGCCAUUCCCAGAAUUCCAAGGCUGGGAAUUCCCGGAAUUCCGUGCUGCAGAAGAGGCCGGAAUUCCGGGUGCUGAGCGCGGGGGUGCGGCCGGCGCUGCGGCUCCCGCUGGGCUCCGCCUUCUUCCAGAGCGGGAAAAGAUCCCGGAAAAACCCGGGAAGCGCCGCAGCCUCUUCCGGGAAAAACCCGGGAGACUCCAAGAAUCCUCCGGAAAAAGCCCCGGAAAAAUCGGGAAAGGCGGAAAAGUCGGGAUUGGAGGAGGAGGCUGGGGAAGAGGAGAAGGAAAACCGGGAAUGCUCAGCGGGAUUUGGGAAUGAGGGAGAGGAGGAAAUUCCCAGGAAAAGCGUUGGGAAUUCUGAGGGUGCUGAGGGGAAGGAGCAGGAAUCCCCUGGAAUUCCUCCCUCUCCCAGCCCGGAUUCCCAGAAUUCCGGCCCGAAGAAAGAAUUGGGCUCUCCGUGCCCAGCCGGACUCUUCCCCAUCUUCCUUCCCACCAGGAGGAGGCCCCUGGAGGAGCUCCCGGCUCCCUUUGGGAUCGACCCCUCUGGAAAAGCUCCCAGGAAAUCCAAGGAAUCCUCGCAGCAUUCCCUGGACCAGAUGAUCAUUGACGCGGGCCAGCGGCAGCUGGGGGCGCUGCAGUGCGGCUCCUGCGGGAUGCUCUACGCUCCCGGCAUUCCCGAGGAUCGGCUCCAGCACCUCCGGCACCACCGGAGGCUCCGCGAGGGGCUCAGAUACCCGGGCUGGAAGAAGGAGCGCGUGGUGGCGGAAUUCUGGGAUGGCAAAAUCGUCCUGAUCCUGCCCGGGGAUCCCAGCUACGCCAUCAGGAAGGCGCAGCAGGUUCUGGCUCUGGUGGAUUCCGAGCUGGGAUUCCCGACGGGGGCCCCGCGCUGCCCGGAGCCAUCCCAGAACAAUUCCCGGGUUUCCCCGGAGCGCUCCCGGCAGAAUUCCCGGAUUUUCCCGGAGCAAUCCCACGUUUACCUGUUCGUGAGCCCCGGGAACGGCGUCCUCGGCUGCCUGGUGGCGCAGAGCAUCAGCCAGGCAUUCCGGGUGCUGCCGGAGGCGGGCUCGGCGCCGUUCCGCGGUUCCCAGGAGGAUUCCCAGGAGGAUUCCCGGGAGGAUUCCCGGCUGGAUUCCCGGCGCGGCUCCCGCUGGGAGGCGGCGCUGCGGGCGUGGCGCUGCUCGCUGCAGCCCGAGCCCGCCGCCUGCGGCAUCAGCCGCCUCUGGGUGCUGGGGGCGCGCCGGCGCCGCGGCAUCGCCCGGCGGCUGCUGGACACGCUCCGGCGCACGUUUGUGUUCGGGGCCGUGCUGGAUUCCGGGGAUUUGGCCUUUUCCGACCCCACUCCCGACGGGAGAGGCUUCGCUGCCCGGUACUGCGGCCGCGCCGACUUCCUGGUCUACAACCUGCUGCACGGGGAGCCGGGAUCCCUGGGAUCCCUGGGAUUGCUGGGAUCACAGCCCAGCCUGAGCUCCUGAGGGGCUGGAAAAGCUGGGAUCGGUCCAGCAGGGUCCUGCUGACAUCCCAAGGGAGUUCUGAGCUCCCAUGGGAAUCCUUCCCUAAAUCCCUGAAUCCUUUCCCUGAAUCUUUUCCCUAAAUACCUGAAUCCCUUCUUUAAAUCCCUUCCCCCCGCUAAAUUCCUUCCCUUCCCUUCCCUUCCAGACCUUCCCUUCCCUUCCCUUCCCUUCCCUUCCCUUCCCUUCCCUUCCCUUCCCUUCCCUUCCCUUCCCUUCCCUUCCCUUCCCUUCCCUUCCCUUCCCUUCCCUUCCCUUCCCUUCCCUUCCCUUCCCAAAACUUCCCAAAACUUCCCAAAACUUCCCAAAACUUCCCUUCCCAAAACUUCCCUUCCCUUCCCAAAACUUCCCUUCCCAAAACUUCCCUUCCCAAAACUUCCCUUCCCUUCCCUUCCCAAAACUUCCCUUCCCAAAACUUCCCUUCCCAAAACUUCCCUUCCCAAAACUUCCCUUCCCAAAACUUCCCUUCCCAAAACUUCCCUUCCCUUCCCUUCCCAAAACUUCCCUUCCUCCCUAAAUCCCUUCCCUAAAUUCCUUUCACUUCUUUGGGAAUCCUUCUGUCCUGUGGGAAUUCUUCCCUAAAUCACUUCCCUUCCAAAUCUUUCAUUCCCUUUGGAAUCCUUCCCUUCCCUUGGGAAUCUUUCAUUCCCUUCCUUUCUAUGCGAAUUCUUCCCUUCCCUUGGGAAUCCUUCUUUUCCUGGAAUCCUGCCCUUCCUUGGGAAUCCUGAACUCCCACAGGAAUUCCUCAUUCCCUUGGGAAUCCUUCCCCAAAUCCCUCAUUCCCUUGGGAAUGUCCCUCUGGAAUCCUUCCCCUCUCACUUCCUGCACAGUUGCUGCGUUUCACUGGAAAUCCUGGAAUUCUGCCAGGAUUCCCCCGGAAUUCCUUGGUUUUCCCGGGUGGUUUUUUGGGAUUUAAGUUAAUUGGGGGUCAGGGGUUUGUUAAUGGAACUUUUUCUUUUUUUUUUUCUCUAUUCCCUUGGAAUUGUGCUGGGAAUUCUUCCCAGGGGUUUUUCCCAUGGGAUUUGCACCUGGAGCCUCCCGGGGCCCUCCCAGGCAGGAAAUUCCAGGGGGUUGUGGAAAUAUUCCAAUGUUUUACCAUGAUAUUCCAUAAAUUUAUCACAAUA